AUGCUAAAGAACAGAAUCACAGAGCUUAACUUUGUCAACACUUUCACAAACGAGCUCAAACCCGAUGUCGCAACUCCCGGUCUACCAACUGUGAAGCCUACCAGUUUCCCGGCCAUCGCUCACAUUCAACGUCAAGUCAAAAACGCUCAUUACUCUUACUGCGAGCCCGAACCAACUCCUGGUGCUUUCCUAAUCGCUGCUUCGGAAUCUUCAGCUCGAUUAUUGGACUUGGACUUGCGUGCCAUACUUGCAAAUCCUCAAGCUAAACAAGAGUUUAUUGAUGUCAACUGUGGAAAUACUCUACUCGAAGGAACCAAUCCAUGGGCACAUGUCUAUGCUGGCUAUCAGUUUGGUUUCUUUGCUGGACAACUGGGAGAUGGACGAGCUAUAUCAUUAGGUGAACUCGUCAAUUCUCGUGGUGAAACGUGGGAGAUACAGCUCAAAGGAGCUGGAAAGACUCCAUACUCACGAUUUGCUGAUGGUUAUGCUGUCAUCCGUGAAUACUUGGCAUCAGAGGCAAUGCACUAUCUAGGAAUACCAACAUCUCGAGCGCUAGCACUCACAGGCUCAACCCGUGAUGUAUACAGAGAAACAGAAGAAAAGGGUGCCGUCGUAUCACGUAUUGCUCCAUCUUGGAUUCGAUUCGGUUCAUUCGAAUUACCAUACUCUCGUGGCGACAAGGACACUCUCAGGGUUUUGGCAGACUAUGUCAUUAGACAUCAUUAUCCUGAAUGUGAACACGGUGAAGAUGCCGUAGACGGUGGCAAAUACGUGAGGUUGGUUGAUCAAGUUGGUAAAAGGACUGCCAAAAUGGUUGCGUUAUGGCAAACUGUUGGGUUCUGUCAUGGAGUUAUGAAUACAGACAACUUUUCAAUUCUUGGACUCACGAUCGAUUAUGGUCCAUAUCAAUUCAUGGAUGCCUUUGAACCAGCAUAUAUUUGCAACCAUACUGACGAAGAUGGAAGAUACGCAUACAAUGAACAGCCUGGAGUUGCGUUUUGGAAUAUGUCAAGGUUGGCAUCAGCUAUAUCAGGACUUGUAGUCGAAGACCUUGGUGGUGAUACGAAGAAAGCCGAGGAAGUCUUGUUGGCGGUUUUAAACCCAUUCAAAGGGUUAUUGGAAGAGGAAUAUCUUACCGUGAUGAGAAAGAAACUUGGAUUAUUGACCUCCAAAGAUGAUGAUCUGACUACCAUCGUACAACCACUGCUAUCUAUAAUGGCGGAUACGCGUGCCGACUACACUCACUUCCUUCGAACACUAUCAACGAUUCCCUUCUUGAAAUCAAACAUCUUCCCAUCUGUAUCAUUCAAUGAAGCAUCACCGUCAGGAACAGUAGAUAUCCCCAUGGCUCCACCAUUCGAAUCGCGAUCGACACCAUCUGAACUAGGUCUACUAGCUCACUCAGAAACAAACCCAUUCGUUGUGUUGCAUCGAACAAACAACAAUAUCUUCCCUGACAUACCCGAAAGCCCGGCCGUAGUAGCUCGAUUCAUACAAUGGGGCAACCUAUAUAUAGAUAGACUGAAGUCUGAAAUGGGUGGUGCGUCGGCUUCGGAAUGUGAUGCUGAAAGGAUGAAGAGGAUGAAGCAAAUGAAUCCAAAAUAUGUCGUGAGGAAUCAUCUUGCUCAAGCUGUGAUUGAGGAGGCUGAGAAGGGAUCGUUUGAGUCUUUCAAUGGGUACAUGAAGGUGCUGGAAAGACCGUUUGAGGAAGGUAGUGAGGAGGAACAGAGGAAGUGGGGCGGAAACGUGCCUGCGAAUAUGCAAGGGUUGAGAUGUAGUUGUAGCAGUUAG